CGCCCUCUCUUGGUCAAGCUCGUUAACCCGCGGGCCGUGCGAAUGGUGAGGUACAUGUAACCUCUAGCAUGUCUAGUUUGUGCGCCGGUGAAAGAGUCGCGGGAUUGCCUAAAUAAUGACGUCUGUUGCAAAUAUCAGCGAUGCUAAGUAUACGUUCCUGCACUUAGACGGCAAAACCUGUGAAGCUCUAAACGCUAAGAAUAUCCAAGAUCUCUUAAUGAAAUGGUCAAUGAAGGGCAGGAUGAGUGUACAGUACUUCAGUUAUGAUGCUGCUUUCCAGUCAUACCAGAAAGAAGCUUUUGCCCUGGAUUUUUUGCAAAAUCAGAAUGUUAAAUCAACACUGGAAGUUCUUUCAGACAGCAAUUCUUGGUGUCUUGUGGGAUAUCAUGCACAUAAGGUUGAGGUGAUACCAGUCCAGUGCAACGUAACUUCUAUGACGUUUUUUGACCGCCUGUUUGACCAAGGCAUUGUCAGAGAUAGUGGAAGAAUUGUCAAGUGCCUGGAUGAGUUUCAUGAAGAAUUCCAGAUAUCAGAUGAACUACGUAAGAUGCUUCUGGUUGAAGAGUCAGAUUACUACAGUAUCUUCAGUGAUAGUGAGAGACAAGAGUUUUUAUUUCUUCUCUUCAAGCACCUGUGCCUCGGUGGAGAAGUUUGUCAAUAUGAGGAUAAUAUUCAGUCAUAUUUGGAUACCGCAAAGUCAAUAUACAAAGAGCUCAUUAGUGUGCAGAAGGAUAGUACACGGCAGCUAAGAGUGACAUCACUGGUUUAUCAACUGAGAGCAUGGGACCAGACAGGCUACCAGUAUUACCCAUGUGACAAGGACCAUUCACAGACAUUUGCAUACCUCAUCAUUGAUCCACUCAAGAGACAGGCUGCCGUGCUUUAUCAUAAAUUUGGUGGUGGUGUAUUCAGCUGAGUUAGUAGAAUUAUACAGCAAGUCAAGCAACAGAUUUAUUCUCAAAUUUGGUUCUGUGUGAUGUUUAAAGGUGGGUUCAUACAUGUACAUGUACUUCAGGCAAAGGCAACAAACAGCAACUUUGAUGUCAUAAAAUAUUUGCAGCAAAAUUUCCCAGAACUGAAAUGUAUUCAACUUUUGCAAAUUUGCAGUGCAAAUUUGCAUCACAAAAUCAUGUUCAUAGAUGCUUUUGUGCAAAGUAUGAACCAGCUUUAAUAAGCAUAAGGAUACUUGCAGAGACCUUAUUUGAGGGGUUGCUUAUUUGAAGUUCAGUAACUUGGCCCAACCUCAUAAAUGAUACAAAUAUUAGUACCAUUGUUCAUGAAAAACAAAUUUCAAUCUGGUUAGUUCCCCUGUUGUUCACAAACACAAACAAAUCAUCUCUCAAAGACAACUUGAAAUGUAUACAUGUACAAGUAUUAAUAAUGCAUUUAUAAUGAAGAGGUGUACAUGUAGUACAGGAACUCAGGUAUUUGUAGAUACCGAAGUACAAAAUUUAAGGAAAAUGAAAAUGCACAUGUGAUUGUAGAUUGAAAGUGCUACACUGAAAAUGCUAAUCAACAGCCUCUGUACACACCUGUCCCCACAGAAACCUUUCAAAAUCUUUCCUUUUCCUUGUCUGAUAGUAGUCAACAUACAGGGACCAGACAAGUUCUCUGAGAAAGCUAGGACUUGGUUAAAAUAAAGAGUGAAAAAGCAAAGGAAGACAUAAAAAUUGACAAAAUGGGAUUCUAAGAAUUUUCUCUUUUAAUGUUUUUGAUACAAGAGUCAGCUGUAGUUUAUACCGGUGAAUACAGGCACCUUCCUUAGUAAUUGAUGGGGAUCAUUGGUAAGGUACUUGGACACCUGGUUCUGUUGUACAACCCUAACACCAAUUUAUGUAGCGUGCGUGUGUAAUGUAAUACCAUAUUUUUAAGUAUGUUUGAACAUUAAGAUAGUUGAAACCAUUAGAAAGAGUAUAUAUAUACAUGUACAAGGAUAUACAUGUAUGCACCCUGGAAAAUGUCUUUAGUUAAAUCACCAUUUCACAUCAGUAAGUAGAUAUAUAUACAGUGUAAUUAUGUGGUUUUCUUGGAAAGAACACUCACAAAGGCAGUACAGAAAACAGGUCCGAAGUGUGUGAAAGGUUUGAUGUGUGGUCUUUCCAAAGUAGGCUAGAUCUAAUCCAGGUUUCAAGUAGUUUUCAGAAAAAUGCACAAAUAGGUUUGUGGCCUCACAGUAAUUUUUUUUGUGCAAAAGAGGUAAAUCUCGUAAUUUGAGUGUUCAAUUUAGGAGCACUGGAGAAAUUAAUGCCUUCAAUCUUUGACUGUAAGUUGUUUUGUAUGAUAUUCUUGUUCAGUUGUCAUUGUUUUGAUUGGGAAUGCUUCCUUUGUAUCCUGUCUUUUUGUUUGUUUUCUUGAGUCAAAUCGGGAAGUUUUUGUUUUGUGUACAGAUGCUGUGCAUUUUGUGUUUCAUAUCUGAUUAUUCUGACAAUUUUAAAACACAUGUGUAUACUUAUAAAAGUUAAAAUUGAGGGAAACAAAGUCGGUGUUAAUGUUAAAUCAUAAAAGAAAAAAAAUGAAAAAAACUUGUUUACAGGCUUUUCACUGCUUUAUUGCCCUGGAUAACAUUAAUCAGCUUUUCUCAACCUACAGUGGUCACUUUCCUGUAAGAACUGGGCUUAUACAUUUUUUGUACUAAGUUAUGUUUUCAAAGACAUCCACUGUUAAACGCUUUUCCUUAGAAAAUUUAAUUCUAUAAAGGAUCCAGAAAGCACCUAUCACUGGAACGAUUUAGAAUUCCCACAAGAUUGCUUAUGGACUAACUCAAAUGCCUAAUCAACCUCUUUCUGAGCCCUUUGGUGGAUGUGAAUAAACGAAACAGUUUGAAUGAACGUAUUUCUAGAAAGAAUUCUAAAAAAGAAAAUUGAAUGCCUGCUUUUAAUUUUCCAUUUUGAACUUUCAAUUUUCUUUUUAAAAUGAAUUUAAAUGGCCUUUUGUUAAAUGGAAGGACUUGGCCAGUAAAAACUACAUGUAUAUUUAAAAAAUCAAUUUCUUGGUCAAGACUUACACUGUUAGAAAAUUUGUAAGUACAAAACUUUAUUAGAUAUUUCAAAUUAGUCAACCUGCCAAAAACUACACAAAUGAUGUCUUCAGGAGUGUCUACUCAGCCAAGUUGGACAGGGAUGAAAGAACAAGUUAAAAAAAAAGCUCUAUUAAGUCAGGUUAUUUAACUGGUACUACUUUUUACAUAAUUUAUAUGUAAGCUAACAUACCAUGGAAAAGGACAUAAUUCACUGGGAAAUACAGGUGUACACAUUUCUUGUCAAACUGGAGGUGUUACAUUAUGCCAUUAUCAAAACCAAUGGUGUGAAAUGCCAUACAACAGCCCAAGGCACCGCAAUUACUGACUGAAGAAGAGGAAUAAAGAAUCACAGGAUAACACGAUUUAUGAGAACAAUUCUUGUCUGCACAUUUUCAGCUGAUUUUUAGAAGCAUGCAUGCAGAGGUAAAAUACUGAGCAAAGUGAGUUCACAUCUCUGGAAUGAACCUUGAUGUAUAUAUGUACAUGUAGCACACGUACCUGUGUGUGCAACUGUUGAAUGAUAACAGUGUUACAGAAAUAGUUCCUCUAAAACAGUGCAUGGCUUAUAAAUGCUAACAAAAUUCAAAUUUCUUUCCAUAAGGGACUAUAGCAGUCUAGCUUUAACAAAGAAGGGGAAAGGUCAGACUUACAAACGUUAGCAAAGCCCAGUUAUAAUUGCUCUUCAUUUUCCCUUUAACUCUGCUCCUCAUGUAACCACUGAUUUUUGCCUAUUUCUGUCUAUUUGGCAACAGGUAUGGAAACUUCUAAAAGAAGGUAAAAAUGGGAGACAAAGUUAGCCUAAUGUUUUUCAAAAUGACAAGGAAUGUGCAAGCAUGACAAAUAUAGCUGACAAAUACCGGGCAAGCACUACCUUCUCAUUUUGACAUGCUUUGAUGAACACAGAUCAGUGCAGUAUUAAAGGCUCUGUACUGGUGAUCAUAAUACAUGCUCAAACAUUUUUGUGUUGAAAAACAAUCUUUCAACCAUACUUUUCACCAAAGUGAUCCAACAAGAGUCAGAAUGCCAUGAGUGAAGGACUCAAGUUUCUCAUCAGAAGGUUCAACUCAACCUAAGUCAAGUAGAUGUUACCAUUUUGGAAUACUUGAUAAGAUUGUCCAUGCCAGUUCCAUAACUGAGGGCAGUUGUAUAAUUGCCUUUGAUUAUAAUUUUGCAAUCUGUGACACUUGAAUAAACCUAAUGUCUUUCAAAUCA